UGGCUGAGGGGAAGAGAAAGGAAGCUUUCCCGUUCUCCAUGAAGCGUGUGAUGCGCUGCCAUUCAUUCCCAAAGCUACCGGAAGCAGCCCUCCCGGGAGAGGUGGAGCUGGUGGGGAGAAGCCGGAGGUGAGACGACAUCUGGGAGGCCAGGUUAACCGGUUUCCUGAUCUUCCCAUGCGGGGCCGGCCUUAGAGCCCGACAGGCUGCGAGGCCCGAGGAUGAGCGGCCCCGGCGGCGCGGCGGGCCAGCCCCUCUGGCAGAGGCCAGCGUGCGCCGGCUGGAGGCCGGGCCUGGAAGGGGCCGUCUACCAGCUGGCCGGCUGCUUCCUGCUCCUGGGCUUCAUGGGGGGCAGCGGGGUGUACGGGGGCUUCUACCUCUUCGGCUUCCUGGGCACGGGCUACCUGUGCUGCGUGCUGUGGGGCUGGCUGGAUGCCUGCGGCCUGGACGUCGUCCUCUGGAGCGUCCUGCUGGCGGUGGCCUGCGUGCUGCAGCUGGCGCACCUGGCGUACCGCCUGCGCGAGGACACCCUCCCCGAGGAGUUUGAGCUCCUCUACAAGACGCUGUGCCUGCCCCUGCUGGUGCCCCUGCCGGCAUACAAGCAGAUCGUCCGCUGCUGUGAGGGGCAAGUCCUGACCCUGGCCACAGAGCAGACCUACGCCGUGGAGGGCGAGACGCCCAUCGACCGCCUGUCCCUGCUGCUCUCUGGCCGGGUUCGUGUGAGCCAGGAUGGGCAGUUUCUGCACUACAUCUUUCCUUACCAGUUCAUGGACUCUCCCGAGUGGGAAUCGCUGCAUCCCUCUGAGGAGGGGGUCUUCCAGGUCACUCUGACAGCCGAGACUGAAUGUAGCUACAUUUCCUGGCCCCGGAAAAGUCUCCACCUCCUUCUGGCCAAAGAGCGAUACAUCUCUCGCCUCUUCUCGGUCCUGCUGGGCUAUGACAUCUCGGAGAAGCUCUACGCGCUCAACGACAAGCUCUUUGCUAAGUUCGGGCUGCGCUUUGACAUCCGUCUCCCCAGCCUCUACCACGUCCUGGGUCCUGCUGCCCCAGAUGCAGGACCAGAGUCCGAGAAGGAUGACGAGGAAGUCCGUGAGCCGGCUGCACUCCCUCCUCAGGCCCUGCCCGCAUCUGUCCAGCAAACACCCCCUAGCUCCCCACCUCCAGUGGCCACCAACCCUCCUGCACCUCCUCUCUGGGUCAGGAUGUCCAGGCCUGACAGCGGCCUCCUGGCUUCUAGAACUCCUCUGCAGAGCUACUCUCAAGUUAUGUCCAAGGGACAGGCCCCAUUGGCCCCCACCCAGACGCCUGAACUGUAAGGACCCAUGGACCGUCCUUUCCUCCGGCCACCUUCAUCCUCACCAGAAGGUCACUUGUGUGCAUACCCCUCUUCUCACCCACGGGAAGGCUCACAGGCAAGGUUGGAGCAGACGCAGAAGACGCCAAAGUGCUGCAGCCACACCGGAGCCCCCGAGGGACUUUCAGAACAUUGCCUUCACCAGCCUUCCUUCCCGGAGAGGGCAUCCCAAAGUGCAGAAGCACAGAUUCUAUCCUUCACGAACUGCAGAAUCUCCGGCAAGUCACAGAGCCUCUCUGAGCGUCGUCUGUAAAGUGGGGAUAUAAAACCCACGUCACAGGUUGUGAGGAUUCCAUGCGUUGAUUUAGGUAAAGCACUGAGGAUGUGGUGUGGCACCUCGUAAGCACUCAAUAAAUCACUCAUUUCCUUUCCCUGUGUUGUUUCUUUCAGCUCUCUGAAAGGAUCAAUGAAGUCAGCUAUCCAAGAAGUUUUCAC